AUGAUGCUGGGCUACCGGCUCUUCAUCUGCUUUCUGCUCUGGGGCGGCACGGGCCUGUGCUAUUCCCACUCCCUCGGGCUCAUUCAGAGAGACACUCAAGGCCUUGUCUCCUCGAAGCCGACGCCCCCUGUGUUGGUGAAAUGUCUGGAGGCUCAGUUGGUGGUUACUGUGAGCAAAAACCUCUUUGGUACCGGGAAGCUUGUCCGGCCUUCAGACCUCACCCUGGGCCCUCAGGGCUGCAGGCCCUUGCCCUCUGAGGUCUCUGAUGACGUGAUCAGGUUUGAGGUCGGCUUGCACGAGUGUGGCAAUCGUGUACAGGUGACUCAUGACGCCCUGGUCUACAGCACCUUCCUGCUCCACACGCCCCGUCCUGUGGGCAAUCUGGCCAUCCUGAGGACUAACCACGCUGAGGUCCCAAUCGAGUGCCAUUAUCCCAGGCAGGGUAACGUGAGCAGCCUGGCGGUCCAGCCCACCUGGACGCCCUUCAGGACCACCGUGCUCUUUGAGGAAAAGCUGGCCUUCUCUCUGCGCCUGAUGGAGGAGGACUGGAGUGCUGAGAAGACGACACCCAUCUUCCAGCUGGGAGACACAGCUCGUCUUCAGGCCGAGGUGCACACGGGCAGCCACGUGCCACUGCGACUCUUCGUGGACCACUGUGUGGCCACGCCGAUGCCAGCCAAGACCACCUCCCCUCAUCACGCCAUCAUUGACUUCCACGGUUGUCUCGUGGAUGGUCUCUCGGAUUCUGCCUCGGAAUUCAGAACUCCCAGACCCAGGCCGGAUACUCUGCAGUUCACAGUGGAUGUGUUCCACUUUGCCAAUGACUCCAGGAACAUGGUCUACAUCACCUGCCAUCUGAAAGUCACUUCGGCUGAGCAAGCCCCCGACCAACUGAACAAAGCCUGCUCCUUCAACAAGUCUGCUGACAGCUGGUUUCCGGUAGAAGGCACGAAGGACAUCUGUGACUGCUGUAACACAGGUGACUGUGGCACCCCAGGCCUUUCCAGGUGGACUCCCCUGGACCAGCUGACAGUCAGCCAGUGGCAGAAGCCAGCUCCCCGAAGACGCAGGCACGUGGCGGAAGCAGCAGACAUUACCGUGGGACCCCUGAUCUUUCUGGGCAAGGCUGGUGACAGCAACAGAGGAAGGUGGACCUCGGACGCCAACGACUCCAUGUUGCUCGGUCUGGGCCUGGUGGGGAGCAUGAUCUUGACUCUGGCAAUGGUCAUCCUCGGUCUCCCCAGGAGACAACGUGACGUUUCCUCCCCUCUGGUGUGUCCUGUGUCUGCUUCUCAAUAA